AUGCGCUCUUCAAAGGACUUCACCAUCGCGAUCGUCGGCGGAGGCAUCGUUGGUCUGUUAUGUGCCAUCGGGCUCGCUCAAGAGGGCAUCACCGUUGACGUGUUCGAGGCGGCCGCGAAGUACGGGGAGAUUGGGGCAGGCAUUGGUAUAGGGGCGAACGCCUUGCGCGUGCUGAAGGAUCUUGGUAUCCUUGCUCAGAUCAAAGCGCGGUCGGAAAGUAUGCAGUCUACGCAGAACUCCAUAGAGUUCAUGCGUGGUACCGAACCGCACAACAUGAUAUACGAGUACCCUGAACAAGAUGACCUCAAGGGACUCGGGUUCCACCGCGCUGCUUUCCUCGACAUUUUGGCCGGCCUGUUACCCGACAAGGUCCAUUCGCACUUCAAGAAGCGCUGCACGUCCGUGUUGCAAGAUGCGGAUGAACGCGUCCGCCUAGGGUUCUCCGAUGGUAGCGAGCAUGUGGCGGACCUUGUAAUCGGUGCGGACGGGAUCAAGAGCGCCAUUCGCGCUCAGGUCUUCGGCGCUGAUGGCGAUCGACUUGUCGAUACUGGCACAGUUGCGUAUAGAGCGUUGGUGCCUGUCCAGCGUCUGCGGGCUGCUGGUGUCAAAGAAGAGUUCCUCAAGCCGAUGCCACGAGGUUAUCUCGGAGAGGAGAAGCACAUCAUCAUCACGAACAUCAUGGGCGGCGCCGUCUUCAACGUCGCGGCUUGCACCACCGACUUUGCGCGCGUCAUGAGCCCCGCCGGAUCUCAAGCGUCUUGGGCGGCCUGGGUAGAAUCUGCAUCUCCUGCGGAGAUCCUGGCGGCCUUUUCGGACUUCGGACCGGAGCUGCGCAAAAUCAUCGAAGGUGCCGAGGGCGCGAACAAGUGGGCUAUACAUGGGCUGUAUCCGCCACUGAAAGAGCAUGUCGCUUCAGCCAAGGACGGCGUCCAGAGCGAAGAUGGAGGAGUGGUGGGCAAGCGCAAUGUGGUGCUCAUAGGCGACUCGGCGCACGCGAUGCUCCCACACUUGGGUUCGGGCGCUAGUGUCGGCAUUGAGGACGCGUACGUUCUCAAGAGUCUACUUUCUCACCCGCAGACGGAACGUGCCAACCUAUCUGACGUUCUCCGCGCUUACAGCCAAGUCCGCGUUCCCCGGGCUCAGUAUGUCACUAUCGCGAGCAAGCGCGCAGGCGAUAUCUAUCAAGGUCACGGUCCCAGUGGUCCCAGUGACGCACAGCGCCGUAGCGAUCUCGACUUGCAGUGGGAUGAGAUUUGGCGGUAUGAUGCUAAUGAGGAGGUUUCGCAAGCAGUCAAGAUCCUUGAAGAGGGAGGCUUCUUUCAGCACGAAUAG